GGUGGAUGUCUCUUCCCGCGCGGCGACAGAAGCCAUUUCUGGGCUUAUCUCCAAGCCUAUCUGUCACGUAAAAAUCGCACAGCCAUCCGCUUCAGUAAUCCCGGCAGACGUCGCCGCUCAUCCGCCAUGGCGGCCUCCUUCCUCCGGCCCCUCCUCCCUCCCAAACCCUUCCUCUCCGCCCGCAAACCUCGUCUCCUCGCUGCUCCCGCCACCACCACCGCUGUACGCUGCACAGUCGCGCCCAAACCGACCACAUCGACGCCGAAACCCAACCAAGAAGAGACCAAGAACCGAGAACAACAAGUACAAGAACCCAACGGCGCCGCCACUCCGGACGAGGCCAACCCCAAUCCUAACAGCAUCCCCGACGACGAGACCCCGCCGUCGGCGACGGUGACAACCACGUUCGCCGUGGCCCGGCGAUUGCCGUCCGCCAUCACUCCCGACCGCCGCCGGCGGACGGCGCUGACGCAGGAGGAGCCGCCCAACUACGAGAUCGGGUGGAAACGCACCAAGAAGCUGCCCCUGGAGAAGCCCAGGGGGUGGGCCAUCGCCGACUUCCUGGAGAAGCUGGAGGGGCUCAUGGCGCGCGAGCGGUACGGGUCCGGGCAGCUGCUGGUCACCGUGGCGGGCGUGGUGACGGAGCGCGCGCGGGAGGAGGCCGAGAUCCUGGUGGCCGAGGGCGGCGUGGAGGAGCGCGUCAUCACGGAGCUCUUCCGCGUGCUCCGGCUGGUUGAGAUGGACGUGGAGAUGGUCAAGGCUGCCGUCAAGGAGGAGACCGUCAAGGAGCGCGUCGAGACGGCGCGCGCGCGGUGCCGCCAGGCCAUCCUCGUCGCCCUCUCCCUGUGACGCGCGGCACCGGACGCACGCUAGCUUCGGGUGUUCAGCGGGCAGACUGCUGCAGGCGCGUACUCUGCUUUGAUGGCAAGAGAGUCAGUCAAUAUACGUCUGUAACUACGGUGUAAUAAGCAGGUGAGAUUACUAGGAGUAUUGGUUUAUUCAGUCGUUACAGGAAAUCAGCCUUGCCGCGUGCUGAAAUUCUGAA